AUGAUAAAAUCUAUUAUACAGUGUCCAAUUAAUAUUAUAGUAUCAUCUUAUCGUAAUUUAGCAUCAUUAGUAAAACACCAAAAUUUAGAUUUUCUUGAUAAAUAUGAUCCACAACAAGUAUCAUUACUUUAUGAACCAUUAAUGAUUGUUGAUCAAAAUGAUCGUAUUAUUGGUCAAACAACAAAAAAAGAUGCACAUCUUUUAUCAAAUAUUGAAAGUGAACAAUCAUUAAUUCAUCGAGCAUUUUCAUUUUUUUUAUUUGAUAAUUCAACAUUUCCAUCACGUCUUAUAUUACAACAACGUUCAUCAGAAAAAAUAACAUAUCCAUUAUUAUGGGCAAAUACAUGUUGUAGUCAUCCAUUAUAUAAUGAUAUUGAAAUAAAUGGUAUUAAUGGUGUUAAACAUGCUGUUAUACGUCGAAUUAAAUAUGAACUUGGUUAUGAAUAUGAUUUAGAGUUAAUUUAUUUAACACGAAUUUUUUAUCAAGCAAGAAAUAUUCCUGAUGAUGGAAUAUUUGGUGAAAGUGAAAUUGAUUAUAUUAUUAUUGCAAAACAUAAACAAAAUUCUCAACUUAAUUUAUUAAAUGAUUUUAAAAUAAAUAAAAAUGAAGUAAAACAUAUAAAAGCGAUGACAUUAAAGGAAUGUGAAGAUCUUGUUGAACAAGGUGUAACAACACCAUGGUUUACAAGAAUUGUACGUGAAGGUUUAUUAGCUAAAUGGUGGUCAGCUUUUGAUAGACAAGAACUAAAUAAAGAUUCUCAAGCGUCAGACGAAAUUAUUCGAUUGUGA